GAAUGCUACUGAUGAGACGGUCCUCCUGCACUCUGAGUGGUGCUGUCUCUCCUCGCGGUGUAAGUCGACCGACACAAGAUACCGUUUCUCCCGCGGACCGACUGGGCCCCACAGCCUCUACCCUGGUCGCCCCGAGCGGCUGCGUCCUACGCGGACCCGGCAGGCCUACACAAGAGAGAACAGCCCGCGACGCAUCUGGUUUUGGUGUGCUAAACCCUUGCAGUAUGGAGAGAGACCUCAUCUCCCAGACCCAGCCUGAGCAUGGAGGAACCAGCAAGGAGUCCAGCGGUGGAACAAGCUUCCAACCCCUGACUUCUAUCACCACUCGCAUCUCAGCCAAUGCCACAGGGACCCCCAUCCCUCCAAGACUCACCCCGAACCCCACCCUGAAACCUCCCACUCUGACUCCCAUCUCCUCCUCCCCUCCUCCUCCCCUCACCCCUGCUCCCUCCUUCCCAGCCUCUCUCACCCCUAAAACAGCUACCCCUCCAGCACUCAUUCCCUUUCCCCCAAAACUCACCCCCACUCCCAACCUUCCCCUCCCUACACAAACUCUACACCUCCUCCCAACCUCCGCUAGGGUGACCACCCCUCCCUCCUCCACUGCCACGUCUCCCUCCCUGAAUGCUUCUCCCCCCUCUCUCACACCCUCCUCCGCCUCACCUCCUAUCACCUCUCUACCCCCCUCCACUGUAACCCAUAACAACGUUAACUCCUCAUCCCCCAAGACUUCCUCCAUCCUGACCAAUGGGAAAACAAGGCCUUCCCCCACACCAACGUCUACUCCAAUCACACCUUUUCACACCCCAGCCAGUCCAACUGGCAAGCAGCUGUCUGAAUCCCGUUCCCUGGGCUCUCCCAGGCCUGUGCCGUCCAAUCAGAGCACUCCGCCUGUGAGCAGGGUGUCCCAGAAGGCCUUGCUCCUAGGGAAACGUCUCCAGAGCUCCAGACGUGAUCAGGUGCUGCUGAGGGCUGAGAUGCUGAUUCUUACCUCCGCUAUGCGACCUGUCCCUUCCUCAUCCUCUUCCUCCUUCUCCUCCUACCCACGUCCCGCCUCGGCCCAGCUCCAGAAUCUAACCCUGAGGCCUCCUCCUCCGGGUACCCUGAAUAUCCCCUCCUCUCUCCGCCUGAAGCCGCCCUCCUCCGCCCCCCCUCCUCUUCCUCUCCCUCGGUCCCGGACCCCCAUCUUUCCCCCUCUCAGGCCUCGCCCGCACCCCACUUCUACGGCAACAGACAGCCAGACUACACCAAGCCAGCACCUCUCAGUCCCGCCCCCGACUCUAUAUUCCUCUGUGCGUUCCGUCCCUCUGAGACCCAGACUUCACUCUCCCAGCAGCUACAGAGCUGUGCCCCCACGACAGAGCCCCGCCCUUCGACCAAUAGCUGCUGCCACUGCCAAACACGCUCCUCCUAUGAAAAGACUGUGGACUGGACUGGCUAGCUGUCCAUCAUCUCCGAGCCAGCUCAGGCCCAGCCAGUCUCAGCACAUCUCACUAUCUAGCUCCCAUCCGCUAAAUUCUACUUCCUGUUUUGAGAGGUCUCCAUCAGCGGCGAGGCAGCUGCAGAUCAUAGCCUUCUCCUCCGGCCGCCAAUCACAACCCUCUAAUAGUGCACAUGCCCAUGCCUCUGUCCAAUCACAACCCUCUAAUAGUGCACAUGCCCAUGCCUCUGUCCAAUCACAGCCUUCAGUCCAGGACUCUCCUCAGCUCAUUUGCGAAUCACAGAGGACUUUAAGUGCUGAAAAAUACAACCUUCAUCCUCCCAAAGCCCUCGUGUGCAAAACCCCCUCCACCCUGCCCUCAGCCCCCGCUCUGCUGUCCCCACCUGCCCCCUGCCUCCGAACCAGCCCCCCCAAUCCCAGUCAAAAGCAGAAAGAGGAGGAGGGGAGCGAGGGAGCGAGGGAGGCACCAGAGACACGGAGAGAGAGCCACAGCGUGAGGGAGGAGAGAGAGGGUGCGAGGGAGCGCUCUGGGGAGGAGAGACAAGUCGGAGAGAUGGAAGACCCCAGCGAGAGAGGGAAGACAGCGGAGGAGAUGGACGGGGAAAGAGAGAGGACAGCGGACGACAAGGAGGACCAGAAGAAGGAGCGGGCUGGAGGAGAAGAGAGCAUGGAGGGAGCGGAAGAUCGGAUGGAAACGUGUCAAGAAGCCCCAGGGGGAGAGCGCAUGGAUGUGGACCGAUCCCACACACUGUCCAAGUCUCCGACAGGUUUGCCACAGCAACACUGUCAUGUCAAUCCAGAACCAGACAAGAACCAGGACCAGGACCGCACCUCUCCAACCCAGACCCUGUUGGACCCUGCCAAAAAGACCCAAUCGAUAGACAAAGUCAACCUCUGUGAGAGCCUGUCAGCUCAAUCUGACAACCUAUCAGCGUUGUCCAGUCUCUCAUCUCAGUCUCCCCCCUCCUCUCCCCCCAUCCUCCCUCCUCCAGACAGGCCUCCUCCCCUCCUGCCAACUCUCUCCACCCAUCUGUCAUCCCCUCCCAGCCUAUCGCAGGCCCAGUCUGAGACGUUCAGCGAAUCACAGCCUGGGCCCUGGGCACAGAAGGUGUGGCCAGAGGGAGGUAGGCGGGUCCUGACUCACCUGGUGGAGGGCUUUGUGAUCCAAGAGGGGCUUCAACCUUUUCCGGUAAACCGCUCGUCCCUACUGGUCCAGGAGGAGGUGGGCGUGACCCAGAACAGUAAUGGGGCCAAUGGGGCGGCGCAUGUCCCGCUGACAGACACUAUCGCCCCCUCCGCUCAUUCGUCCGAUUCCGACGAAGAGGGCGGGGCCACGGAUGAUCCAAUGACCUUAGGGGUGGGUCCCAGAGAGAAAAAGGCGGUCCUUUACUGUCAGUUCUGCGCAAAGAGAGGCCACGCCCACAACUUCAUGCGUUCCAAACGUUUCUGUUCCACUGCCUGUGCCCGGGGGUAUAAUGUGGGUUUGACCAAGCGUCUGAGGGCACUGAGUGCGGGCAGCCGGGCCGAGGGCCGCAGCUCCAGCUCCGGCCUGAAGAGGGCGAUGUCUGUCCCUGGGAAGCCCCUGCUCCUGAGGCUGCCGCGCGACCUCUGGAGUGCCCAUCGCCAUGACCACAAGGACGAGGAGGAGGAGGAUCCUGCGGUUUCCAUGACUACCAGGCUGGGGCGACGCGCCGGCAGGAGGAGGGAGAGGAGGGCAUCCGAGCCAGCCAUGACCUCUGAACCCUGCGUGACCUCUCUCCUCCGACCUGCCCAGUGGAGUGUGGAGCAAGUCUGCGACUUCAUCAACACUCUGCAAGGUUGUGGGGAGGUUUCCGAGGCGUUCCGGCUGCAGGAGAUCGACGGCCAGGCUCUGCUCCUCCUGACAGAGGACCACCUCAUGACCAGCAUGAACAUCAAACUGGGACCGGCUUUGAAGAUCUGUGCCCACAUCAACACUCUGAAACACCCCUGAGGGUAGGGGGGAGGACGAGGGGGGAGGCGGGGGGAGGACG